UUCCUGUGGGAGACUAAGAUACUCUCUCUUUGUCAGGCUCUACUAACCAAGAGCAAACCACAGGUCCAGGCAGCACCAUAAAAAGCCCCAGACCUGCCACACUCAGGGACUUCAGGCUCCACCGUGGCGAAGCCGCUCCUCACUGGCCUCGCAGCCAUGAGACUCCGUCUGCUUCUCUCCACUCUCCUCCUCCUGACUCUCUUACCCUCAGUAAGAAGUGGUAUGUCUUCUUCUGAAGGCCACUGUCUCAAUCUGUCUGGCAUCUGCAGAAGAGACACCUGCAAAGUAUCAGAAGAUAUAAUUGCCGGCUGCCGAAGAAGGUGGAAAUGCUGUAGAGUGUGGUGGAUUCUUCUACCAAUUCCAACACCAAUUGUAUUUUCAGAUUAUCAAGAGCCUCUUAAGCCUAGGUUGAAAUGAAACUAGGAAAAGCAUCCAAAGGAAAGUUUUUUUGUAUCUAAGAACAUUAGAAUAUACAUAUUAAACACUUCCGGCUUCAUAACCAGCUUCUAUUUUCCCUUGUCAAUUAAAAUAAAC